AUGAAGGUCACCUCUGCUGUAGCGGCUUUCGCCGCCGGCGCCAUGGCCGCCCCAAGCGGUGAUGUAGCCACUCCCGCAAAGAAGGUUGCGAACCGUGCUGCUUGCAGCUCGGCCGUCACUCUCGAUGCCAGCACCAAUGUCUGGAAGAACUACAAGCUCCACGCCAACACCUACUACCGCGACGAGGUCAACAAGGCCGUCGACGCCAUCACCGACUCCUCCCUGAAGGCCUCUGCCGCCAAGGUUGCCGACGUCGGUAGCUUCUUGUGGAUUGACACAAUUGCCAAUAUUGCCAAGAUGGCUCCCGCCAUUGCGGACACUCCCUGCUCAGACAUUCUCGGUCUCGUCAUUUACGAUCUCCCGGGACGUGACUGUGCUGCCAAAGCCUCCAACGGUGAACUCAAGUACAGCGAGAUUAGCCGUUACAAGUCCGAAUACAUUGACCCCAUUGUCACGAUCAUCAAGGCCAACCCCAACACGGCCUUUGCGCUCCUGAUCGAGCCCGACUCACUGCCCAACCUGGUCACCAACUCGGACCUGCAGACGUGCAAGGACAGCAAGAGCGCCUACGAGGAGGGCGUCGCCUACGCGCUCAAGAACCUCAACCUGCCCAACGUGGUCAUGUACAUUGACGCGGGCCACGGCGGCUGGCUGGGCUGGGACGCCAACCUCAAGCCGGGCGCCGAGGAGCUGGCCAAGGUGUACAAGAACGCCGGCUCGCCCAAGCAGGUGCGCGGCUUCGCCACCAACAUUGCGGGCUGGAACUCGUGGGACCAGAGCCCCGGCGAGUUCGCCGACGCCUCGGACGCAAAGUACAACAGCUGCCAGAACGAGAAGACGUACGUGUCCAAGUUUAGCGCCGCGCUCAAGACGGCCGGCAUGCCAAACUACGCCAUCAUGGACACGGGCCGCAACGCCGUCACGGGCCUGCGCAAGGAGUGGGGUGACUGGUGCAACGUCAACGGUGCCGGCUUUGGCGUCCGCCCCACGGCCGACACGGGCGACACCCAGACCGACGCCUUUGUCUGGGGCAAGCCCGGCGGCGAGAGCGACGGCACCUCGGACUCGAGCGCCACCCGCUACGACAGCUUCUGCGGCAAGGACGAUGCCUACAAGCCUGCCCCCGAGGCCGGUACCUGGAACCAGGCCUACUUCGAGAUGCUUCUCAAGAACGCCAAGCCUGCUUUCUAA